AACAAGUUUCUACUGCUGUCUACCGUUUCCAUUCUCUGCGUGUCAUUCACUUUUACUACUGUUCCUUCUCGUAUCGAUUUCCAGGGCUCUCUGGCCAUGAAACACUGAUGAUCACUUUGCCAACCUGGAUGUUCCCUGUAUUCCUGUCCUUUGCCAUUCAAGAAAGAACCCCGUUUUUUCCGAGCGCUGAAUUCUCAAUUUCAUCAACCUCGAAUUCACUUCCCAAGUCUCCAAACACCCUACCAAUCAGACAUUGGUGAUUGAUAUCGAAAUUCUCGGAGGUGUUGUUAUCUUCAAAUUCAGCCAGCAUUGUCAGGGUCAUUUGUCCUUCAAAUGCUACCUUCACGAUCUCCCCUUUUCAGUCAUUCGUGGGUUUCAAUCUCACAAACUUUCCCAUACCCCUCAAAGAUAUUGCUGAUCAUGAUGGUAAUUCUCGGAUCUCCAAUUCCAAGCACGGAGCCCUUCCUCCGUCGCCCGAUUCGUCUGUCGCUUAAACAUAAAACCCGGCGCCAGCUAGGAACAGCUUGCUAGCAAAACACCGCGACUUGAUGGAUUCUUCACAGCCAUGUUGCAUCUUCAAACAUAUGAUCUCGGCGUUCAUCUAAUAUUUGUGGGAGAUACACCACGUGGAACUGUUUGUUCGCCACUAGUCGAAGGUAAAUAUGUAUAUAUUCUCCAAGAACUGUCGAGUUCCUCAUUCUACCUCAGCUUGGAUCCUGCGGCCUUUCAUCUCCCUACAAUCGCCUCUGUUGUGAUAUUUAUUCUACAUCAACUCAUACCUGAUCACUACCAUGAGAUUCACUCAAUUUCUGUCGUUGGGUUUGGCUUGUUUGACAACAGCGACUCCUGUUCCAGAAGCUGCACCAGGAUCAACCCACAGCUUACAGGAACGAGCUACAUACCCAUCCACUUCAGGAUUGAAGUUCAAUAUCGAUGGCAAAGUUGCGUAUUUCGCGGGGUCGAACUCAUACUGGAUUGGCUUCCUAACCAACAAUGCCGAUGUUGAUCUGGUUAUGAGCCAUUUGAAGGCAUCAGGGCUAAAGGUUCUCCGAAUUUGGGGCUUCAACGAUGUCACCCAGACUUCAGGUGGAGUCUGGUUCCAAAGUUUCGUCGCCGGCCAACAGCCUGUAAUCAACACAGGUGCAAACGGACUUCAAAGACUCGACUACGUCGUGAAAAGUGCCGAGUCCCACGGCAUCAAGCUCAUCAUCAACUUCGUCAACAACUGGGGUGAUUACGGCGGGAUGCUCGCUUACAACAACUAUUUCAAAACCACCAAGACUACAUGGUACAGCGAUUCGAGAGUCCAAGCACAAUAUCAAGCUUACAUCAAAGCUGUCGUCAGCCGAUAUCUCACAAGCCCGGCGAUUUUCGCUUGGGAACUGGCGAAUGAACCAAGGUGCAAUGGAUGUCCGACGUCAGUUGUGACUAAUUGGGUCACCAAGACCAGUAAUUAUAUCAAAGGACUUGAUCCGAAUCACAUGAUAACUCUCGGAGACGAGGGUUGGUUGAAAGGCGGUGGAGAUGGAAGCUAUCCUUUUACAACUGCUGAGGGGGUAGACUUUGAAGCAAAUCUUAGAGUCGCAAACAUCAGCUUCGGCACCUUUCAUCUCUAUCCAACACAAUGUAAACAUCUCCCUUUCCCUCUCAUACCCCUCACCCCCAUCUUCCCAAGUCUGACAGAUUCUAGGGGGACAAUCAAACGCGCUUGCAUUCGGCAACACUUGGAUCAAAGAACACGGCAGCAUCUGUGCCAAAGUCGGCAAACCCUGCAUCUUCGAAGAAUACGGCAUCGAGUCGAACAAGCCUGCGACCAUGGGUCCAUGGCAAACGACUGCUCUCUCGACCUCUGGCAUCGCUGCUGAUAUGUACUGGCAAUAUGGCGAUACUCUGAGCACUGGACGGACGGCUGAUGAUAGCUACACGAUUUAUUACGGCAGCAGUGAUUACAAGACUCUGAUUACAGAUCAUGUUGCUGCUAUUGACAAGAAAGAAGCUGGAUCGAGUGCAUAGGAUGAAGGCGCCGUAAGUAUAUUGGUUUUUUCUAGCCUUCGCGGCAUGUUUAAGGUCUGAACCUGGUAGCCACCAGCGAGCACAAGACGAGAUAGCUCUGCAAUAUGAACCUUACAAUUAUCAUCAUUGAAGC